UCUCUCCUCAGCAGAUAUAAGGCCUUGGUCCCAUAACUUCUCACGGAGUACAUCGUCUUUACAGAGGAGACACAGCUCAACAUACAAACUGAUAUACUGAUAUUUCCAUCAAAAUGUGGUCAUCCCUGGCAGUGCUCCUCGCAGCCUCCUGUGUCUGUCUGGCUCAGGCUUACUUCUUCUGAUUUAGAUUGAAAUGUCAACAAAGUGAGAGGGAUUAAAUGUUCUGAAUGGAGAGAGGAAACGCUUUCAAACAAAAACAAGACCAAGGAGCAUUGACACCCUUUCUUAUCCCAUGUCUAUGUUAAGACCUGCGCUUCAGGCGUAUGGUUGGGGGCACUCUGGCCCCUCAUGUCCCCUGGCAGGCCAUGGUCUACCUGAGUAAAAACGUCAUGAACGGGGGCUUCGCUGGGGGAGCUCUAAUCUCUGACCGCUGGGUCCUGACCGCUGGCAGGAACUUGUUUGUCAGGAAGAGUAGGCAGGACACCCAGGGGAAAGAACCAAUCAUCCCCAAGGUGUACCUAGGCAUCACGCGACGCUCCCAAGCCAAUGCCUCCAAAGAAGUUGCUGUAGAAAAGGUGGUUCUGCACCCAGGCUUCCAGAACGUGUCAGACUGGGACAACAACCUGGCUCUGAUUCAGCUGAAGGAGCCAUUCACACUGAGCGAGGAUGUGAUGCCCAUCCCUCUGCCUGAGAGGGGUGAGGACCUAGCUGAGGCAGCCCAGGAGAAAGGCAUCAUCACAGGCUGGGGCUGGGGGGUCCACUUCACCCCCGCUGAGUCACUGAAACACCUGGUGUUGCCUGUGGUAUCGCACGGCUUCUGUAAGGCGGAGUACAACCGCGGUGGCCAAGUGCUGAGCGGGACUCCAACCAUAGACGACAACAUGUUCUGUACUGGAGCCAGCAAGUACCAGGAGAAUGUGUGCUCUGGGGAUGCAGGCAGUGCCCUGGCAGUCCAGGACCCCAAAGACAGCAGAGUGUAUGCUAUAGGGAUCCUGUCCUUCGAUAAGGCCUGUGCCAGGGAGAAAUACGCUGUCUACAUGAAGCUCUCUGCCUACAUGCCUUGGAUCAACAGUGUCCUCAGGGGCGACAGUGAGACAUCAGCCAGUCUCCGCUCCAGUGUAAUGUCUGAGAUGUAUUCGAGGCAGUUGUAGCCUCCACUCAGCACAGUUUCAGAUAUGAGAGCCGGGGCUUAUAAUCUCCAUUAUGCCUUUGCUAACAAAGUCAUUUUCUGCCUUGAUCUUGUAAAACUCUCUCAAGUUAUGACUUUCAUUGAGUGUGUGUCCCCGCCUGAUUGAGUAUGUCUUCCGAUGUUGAUUUCAAAGGAUUUUCAAUCAAUUAAUCUCUCUUAAGAAGUUUUGUUUCCGAUGUUUCACCUUACAACUUUUAUUCACAUUUUCUUCAACUCAUAUUAGAAUGCUGGGAAACAUGUUUUAGAUAAUCUCACAAGCUGUAAGAUGAGAGCAUGUUAGAGCCAUUAAAACAAGUAGGCUACAGCUAGGACUUGAGAUGAUUUUAAAGUUCAUUUAAGUGAUGGAAUUAUUAAGGACAAGAUGUUAUCUGGUCAAGGAGGAUAUUGUGAUGAGAUUCUAGCCACUAGAUUUCUACGGCCUUUGUCAACCAGGAAGGAUUUUUAAGUGGAUUUUUAAUGAAAACCACCCAAGAAGGAAAUAACUUGUUCUAAAAUAGAGCUGCAUAAACGAGGGUCUAGAUUCCCUCCCAGCAGGGGAAUGAGUCACUAACUCCUGGUUAGUGAAUCAUUUAAAUACAGAUGACAAAAGGCUUGUCAUCAUAGCCCAACUCUAGUUAAUAGCUUUCUUGCUUUGGAGCAGCUUGCUGUACCUCAAUUUGUUCAGUUUCAACAAGAUAUAUCUCAGAUAUCACAUGCAUAACGUGAUGAUAAUCUCAACCAUAUACAUUUAAUUUCAAUGAAGGAAGUGAAUUGAAAUUCCAUUUAGAAAAUUGAAAAAUCCUCUUUGAUGAUAAAUGGUACCUUACGGUACUUUCCCCAA